UUUGAUCAGUUAGGUUUUGUCCGUCAAACGUUGAGGAACUUUUCCGUCUAAAGAAGAAAGUAUCCUUUAAAGUAGAUAGUGUUGUAGAAUCGUUGUAGUUUGUUGUGUUCACGCCCAAGUUUGUUACAUUUGAGAAAAAUAAAAACGUUAAUUGUUUUGUUUGUUUAUUAAAUUGUUAUUAAAUAUUUAUAUUGAACUUGUCCAAAGAAGUGUUUGAAACGAAGAGACCCAAAGAAUUAUCAAAGAGAGAAAAAAAGUAACAAGCCGUCUAACAAAACACAAAAAAAAAAUAUUGAAUUUUAAAUAAAGUAAAGAAAAAAUUGAAAACCAACUUUUGAAAAUGUCGUUCUCCAAAGCUAAACUCAAGCGUUUCAACGAUGUUGAUACCGUUGCUUGUGGCUCGCCAGCCCGCCAUGCCACCAAUGCUGAAGGCUGUGGCACCCCCACAGCAGCUGUUGCCGGUACGACCAGCACCACCACUGCCGCCCAUCCAGAACGUAAGGAGCAAAUAGAGAAAUUCUUUAAGGAUGCCGUUCGUUUCGCCUCCAAUUCAAAGGAGGCCAAAGAAUUUGCCAUACCAAAGGAGGGCGGCCUCAAGGAAGACAAGAAAUCGAAAGGUCUGCGCUUGUUUCGCACCCCCUCCUUGCCACAUCGUUUACGUUUCCGUCAAAAUUCCGAUGUAACAGCAGCUGCGGUUAGUAACCUCAAUGCGGGUGGUUCAUCCACGGCCAGUUCAACCCCACUGCCCUCGGCAGCUACCACCCCCGUCAAAGAAAUGCCCAAAUCGGCCAGCCGUUUAAAGGGCAAGGAAGCCUUACACCAAGAGAUCCGUCACAAAAACGAACUUAUCGAGAAUUAUAUGAGCCAAAUUGAUGUCCUGAAGCGUCAUGUUGAUCAACUAAAAGACACUGAGGCCAAACUGCGCGAGGAACAUGCAGCAGCCCAACAGAAAACUGAGAACAUGAUCCAUGACAUGACAAAUGAAAACAAGUCACUCAAGGAGCUCAAUGAUCAGCUAACACUCGACAAUUCUCGGCAACUUGAGACCAUUGCCAAGCUGGAAUCUGAAAUUCGUGAACUGAAUGAGCAACAUGCUGCUCAAGUUGCCGAAUUGGCCAAACUCAGCGAGGGGCUCAAGGAAAAGAAUGAUCUGCUAGAGUCCGAAGCCAAAAAGCAAAUGGAAUCGCAAUCGGCUAUGCAAGUUCAAAUUUCAAAACUUGAACAAGACAUUCAAGAGGCCCAGAGUCGUUUGAAUGCCGAUGCCGAAAAAGCCAAGGAAAACUUUGAACUAAUCGAGAACCUAAAGAACAUCAAUUCCUCGCUAAUGGCUGAUGUAAACAAGCUCAAGAAACAAAUCGAGCAGGAUGCUCUGUCCUAUGCCCAAGAGAAUAAGGUCAUUCAGAACGAAAUGGAAUGCUUGAAGAACGAACGCAACACCCUGAAAAAUGACUUGGCCAGCAAGUGUGACCUCAUCAAGUCGCUGCAAGAUGAACUGCUGGACAAGAACUGUGAAAUUGAUGCCCAUUGUGACACCAUCCGCCAGUUGUGUCGCGAAAAGGCUCAAUAUGUUGAGAAGGAACGUCUCAUGAAUUCGGCUGAAGAAAAAGUCCGUACUGCCGAGGCCCAGGCUGAGCAAAAGGUCCAGAAACUCGAGUCCGACCUGGAGAAUGCCCUCGAGCGAGAGAAAGCUUACUGGCGCAGUGAGCUAGAGAAACGCCAAAAGCUGGCUGAGAACGAAAUCAUUAAAAUCGAAUUGGAAAAACAAGAUGUCAUGGUGCUGUUGGAGAGCACCAACGACAUGUUGCGUGAACGUGACGAAAAGAUCCAAAAAUACGAGGAUCAGUUGCGCAAUGGCAUCGAUUAUUAUGUCCAAUUGACUGACAAUCUCCAAAAGCAGGUGGUUGACCUGAAAAACGAUGUUGCCAAGACCAUCACCGAGAAGUACAACUACCAAUUGACUCUCAACAAUACCCGAUCAACAGUGAACAUUCUCAUGGAACGCCUCAAGAAGUCCGAUGCUGAUGUUGAACAGCUAAAGGCCGAACUUGAAUCGUUGCAAUUGGCCAAGGGUGCUUUGGAACAGAGCUAUUUGUCAUUGCAAGCCGAGCUGGAGUCGGUGAAGGCCCAGUUCCAAGAAUCGGAGUCAGCUCUUGCAGCGCUGCGAGCCUCAUCGGAAACGCUACAAAAAGAGGAGCGCAUCGACGGCGAUGCUGCCAAAUACCUGGACAUGUACAAUGAGCUCAAGAGCAAGGACGAGACACGUGAAGUUUAUAUGCAGGACAUGAAAAAGGCUCUCGACGAAUUUGCCACUGUUUUGCAAUUCGCCCAGCUAGAGUUGGACAACAAAGACACCACCCUGACCAAGGUACGUGAAGAAUGUGAACAGUUGAAACUGGAAAACAUUACAUUGAAAUCGAAAAUGGAGGAGAGUUCCUCGAAAGUGGCCACGCCCGUCAAAAAGAACAGCACCGAUUUGGAGAAAAUCGAAGUGUUGUUGAACGACUCGGAAUUGCGGGCCGAAUGCGACAAGAUUGCGUCGUGGUUCCUAAGUUCAGCGAACGACAAGACUGUGCGCAACGAUAGCUCAAGUGAAAUCAGUGAACUGUUGAAACCCACCACGCCCAACAAUAAGGCAUCACGUACAACCUGCACGACACCUGUUCGUUCGUCGGGCGGCAAGGUAACCACAGUCAAUACGCCACGAACACCACGCACACCAAAAACCACCUCGUCGCACACGCCACGCACCACACCCAAAAAGACUGUUCUCUUCCCCGGCAAGGAAAACAUUCCCAGUCCCCAGAAACAGGUGCUGAAGGCGAGAAAUGUGUAAAGGCUGGACGUCGACAACGAGCGGUAGCUACCCUGAUAAAAAUGUAUUUAUAAAAAACAAAUUUUAGGCUAAAUCCUAGAUUAAGUUCUUUCUUAUUAGAAAUUAUAUGUCUAACCACCCUUAGAGAAUAAAAAGAAAGCGAAUUAUGUUAAUACAAGCUCCUCCAACAAAGUCCCUACUUCGUAAGCAUUCCCAAGCAAGAUGUCUUUUUUUGUAUUCUAUGUUCUACAAGCAUUCCAUUGUGGAUGAGAUUUGAAAAAGAAAUAUACUUUUUGAAAAAUUUAAAAAUAAA